AUGCGUCAUAUUUUUCAGCUGUGUUUCAUCAGCUUUAUUUUCCCAUUAUUUAUCAAUUCAAAAACAGCUGCUGAAUGGCGUACACGAACCAUAUAUCAACUGUUAACUGAUCGAUUUGCUCAUACGCCUGAUGAUACUGAGAUAAAUAAAAAAUGUUUACAUUCUCCUCUAUCCUAUUACGAUAUUCGACAUUAUUGUGGUGGCACAUACAAAGGUAUCAUUUCUCAUUUGAACUACAUAAAACAGAUGGGAUUUGAUGCUAUUUGGAUAUCUCCCAUAACAACACAAAUUGAAAACGAUACGCAUUGGGGUGUAGGAUGGCACGGUUAUUGGCAACAAAAUAUUUAUGGUUUAAAUGAACAUUUUGGUACAGAAAAUGAUCUUCGAACAUUGAUAAAAGCAGCUCAUAUACUUGAUAUUUGGGUAAUGUUAGAUGUUGUUGCUAAUCAUAUGGGACCAAAUGUAAAUGGAACAGCUCGCUAUAGUCAAGUAGAAUUUUGCACAGUCGGUGAUAUUAACGUACCAUUGCCCGAUCUCAAUACUGAACACGAAUUUGUUGUUUCAACACUUAGUCAAUGGAUUCGAAAUAUUAUUAAUGAAUAUGAAUUUGAUGGUAUAAGAAUUGAUACAUUUCGUCAUGUUCGAAAACCAUUUUGGACAGAUUAUGUGUCUGCAGCGGGCGUCUAUUCAGUUGGUGAAGUGGCCACAUCUGACACGGCUUAUGUUGGUGAUUAUCAACGAUAUGCCGAUGGUGUUUUACAUUAUCCACUAUAUUUUGUUCUAAAUGAAGUAUUUCGAGAUGAAAAUAGAAAAUCGAUUCGAGAAAUUGAUAAACAAGUUCAAUUAAAUGAAGAAUAUUUUAUAGAUACAACAUUGUGUGGAUUAUUUUUAGAUAAUCACGAUCAAGCACGUUUUAUGAAUCAUACAAAAAAUAUGAUACUUAUUCAAAAUGCCUUAACCUAUUUGAUGUUCAGCGAUGGAAUACCCAUUUUUUACUAUGGUACCGAGCAAGAAUAUCACGGUGACUCGGAUCCAUAG